GAUAAUUCGAUAUCAAAGUUGAAGAUUCACCUAUGACCUACACAAAUUGUGCUGAUAUUCUGCCGUAACUAUACGAAAUUCCUAUUUUAUUGAAUUCGCUCCAUUGACAAGAGGCGAAUUCGAUAUUAUCCGCUAUGGCCACCAUUCAACAGUUAUCCAGGAAUGUUCUGAAGCAAAGCAGCAAAACACUAUUUUCGAAACAAGGUGUAAGAAAUUGUUCAGCAGGAUAUAAUUUCACACUAACUGACACCGAAAAAGAAAUUCAAGAGUUGGCUAGAAAAUUCACUAAAGAAGAAAUAAUACCAGCCGCUGCUUAUCACGAUGAAUCUGGUGAAUAUCCUAAGGAAAUCUUCAAAAAAGCUUGGACAUUGGGUCUAUUGAAUGGACAUAUCCCAAAACACGCAGGUGGCUUGGAACAAACGUCUCUGACGUCAGGUAUUAUAGAAGAAGAAUUUUCCUACGGCUGCACAGGAAUUUGCACUGCAUUGAAUUCUACUGGCUUGGGGCAAAUUCCAGUGAUCAUAGCAGGAACAAAGGAGCAACAAAAAAAAUAUUUGGGAAGGCUAAUAGAUGAGCCUUUGGUUGCAGCAUAUUGCGCUACCGAACCAGGUGCUGGUUCUGACGUAGCAGGAAUAAAAACUACGGCAGUGAAGAAAGGAAACGAAUGGGUCAUCAAUGGUCAGAAAAUGUGGAUCACAAAUGGAGGUGUGGCUAACUGGUAUUUCGUACUUGCAAGAACUAAUACUGAUCCAAAAGCGCCUGUGAGUAAGGCAUUCACUGGUUUCAUUGUGGAUCGUUCUACACCUGGAGUAUCAGUAGGCAAAAAGGAGCAGACCAUGGGACAAAGGGCAAGUGAUACGAGGGCCGUGACAUUUGAAGAUGUGAGAGUGCCGAUCGAAAAUGUGUUAGCAAACGAAGGUGAUGGAUUUAAAAUUGCAAUGCAGGCAUUUGAUGUUACCAGACCAGCUAUAGGUGCAACAUGCACAGGGUUAAUGCAGCGAUGUUUGGACGAGUCCUCGAAAUAUGCCAAUGAACGAAAAACUUUUGGUGUACCUAUUGCAGAGCACCAAGGUGUGGCUUUCAUGUUGGCGGAUAUGGCUGUUGGCGUUGAACUGUCCAGACUGGCAUGGAGGAAGGGAGCGUGGGAGUAUGACAAUGGUCAAAAGAACACUUACACGGCAUCCAUAGCGAAGUGUUAUUCUUCUGAUAUGGCGAACAAAGUUGCUGCAGAUGCAGUCCAGAUAUUUGGAGGAAAUGGGUUCAGUAAGGAAUAUCCAGUCGAGAAACUGAUGCGGGAUGCUAAGAUUCUCCAAAUCUACGAAGGAACUUCUCAGAUUCAAAGACUUAUAAUUUCUAGGUACAUCAUCAGCAGGGCUAAGGAGUUGCAGUGAUUAUGAAAAUAAAAUUUGAUAAUUUUAUCCCCAUAUUUUUAUUGUAAAUAAACAACUACGAAACCA